AUGUCUGAGCCACCAGCCAACGUGACAACCAUCACAGAAUUCUUGCUGCUGGGAAUCCCUGAUGACCAGGCUCUGCAAACUCUCUGCGUCACCCUCUUCCUCCUCAUGUACCUGGCAGCCCUGGCCGGGAACCUGCUCAUCAUCACCCUCACCACCAUGGACCAGAGGCUCCAAGCGCCCAUGUACUUCUUCCUGAGGAACUUGUCCUUGAUUGACAUCUGCUACAUCUCUGUCACCGUCCCCAAGUCCAUCCUGAACUCUCUGGCCCACAGCCGCUCCAUCUCCUUCGUGGGCUGUGCUGCCCAGGUGUUCCUGGUGAUUGUCUUUGCGGGCACAGAGUUUGCCCUCCUGCUUGUGAUGUCCUAUGACCGCUAUGCUGCCAUCUGCCACCCCCUGCACUAUGAGGCCAUCAUGAGCAGAGGCGCCUGUGUGCAGAUGGUGAUGGCGUCGUGGUUCAGUGGCUGCAUGUAUGGCUCCCUCCAUGUGGCAGGGACAUUCUCUGUUCGCUUCUGUAGAUCCAAUGUUGUGCACCAGUUCUUCUGUGAUGUCCCUUCUCUACUUGCUCUGGCCUGUCCUGGGGACCAAGUCUUGGAAUCUGCCAUCAUCAUUGGGAGCUGUGGCUUCGGUUUUGUGUGUUUCAUUUUAAUGGUCGUGUCCUAUGGUCACAUUUUCUCCACUGUCCUGAGGAUUCCCUCUGCUCAGGGCAGGUUUAAGGCCUUCUCCACUUGCCUGCCCCACCUCACAGUGGUCACCCUGUUUCUCUUUUCUGGGAUUAUCACGUACUUAGCUAAAAAUCUAACAUCCUCAUUGUUUCUGAAGGUAAUAAUAUCUGUGCUCUAUACUGUGCUUCCCCCAACCCUAAACCCUCUCAUCUACAGCCUACGAAACAGGGACAUGCAAAAGGCUGUGGGAAAGAUCCUAGCCAGGUCCAGGAAUAUUUUUCAUUUGAAUAUGUAA